GAUGUCUCCGUGGACAACCCUUGCUUCUUCAAGAAGCCAAGGCCGACGGUGCCGAAUGGCGGGGCCACGGAAUUGGGCAUCAGAACUAGUGACAGGGUCGUCACACGCUGCGACUGGUCAGUUUGGCGGUGCGGCUGUGGAGGUUGCACUGGCUGUGGGUGAGGAUGUUGUCAUUUGUCGGCGCAAAGGCGACGUAUUGGACCGUAUCAAGAGUGCUUUGGCACCGGUUGACCCUCAAGGGGAAAUCGAUGUCGUUCGAUCAACAGGCACCGUUGGCAGGGAUGUUACAACUAUCAUGAGCCUAAACCUGGAAUAAUCGUUACGACAGGUUGCACCUCAUUCAUUGGAGAGUAUGUGGCACAUAAAUGGCGUCGGUUUGGUGACUUUGUUAGGUCUUAUACUGUCCCCGAUGAUUCACACCAUCUUCAAGGGCGCAUCCACAUAUUCGUC